UGUAUUGGGAUAUAAGGAAAUCGUUCCAACCGGUUAUAUGUAUAACCUGGGAUGUGUAACCCACACUGGCUGUCUCCAAAACAGUGUUCAUACAAGAAACACAGGACAGCGGAGAUUGUUCCAGAGACUGCUCCCAUGGCUCAAGCAGGUCCUUCUUCCAGGACUGCAGGCACUCGUACGGGUGUUGACACGUGUAAUUCCCAGGGAUGCCGCUGCUGCAGGCAUAUAUGGAAGGGUGCUGUUAAAUUUCAGAGCACUGCCACACGAAAACAUUACAACAUCACACAAUAUCUGACAUGCAAGACACGAAGUGUCAUCUACAUCAUCCAGUGCAAAAAAUGCCCGGUGCAGUAUGUUGGGAAGACUUCGACCACACUGCAGAGAUCAGUCGAAGAACACAGAGCUUCCAUCACAAAUCAACAACGUCAGCCAGUCCCAGAUCAUUUCAACAACAAUGACCAUUGUCUUGAUCAUCUGAUUGUAUAUCCAAUUGAGCAGGUCAAUGGUUCUGAAGCACUAAAAGAAAGGGAACUCUACUGGAUCAGAGAGCUUGCAACAAUGGCCCAUGGACUAAAUUUGAUGCCAAAUAUAUGUGAGAAACACAGGACAGAGGAGACUGUUCCAGAGACUGCUCCCAUGGCUCAAGCAGGUCGUUAUUCUGGGACUGCAGGCACUCGUACGGGUGUUGACGCGUGUAAUUCCCAGGGAUGCCACUGCUGCAGGCAUAUAAGGAAGGGCACUGAUAAAUUUCAGAGCACAGCUACAGGAGAACAGUACAAAAUCCCAGAAUAUCUGACAUGCAAGACACGAAGUGUCAUCUACAUCAUCCAGUGCCAAAAAUGCCCGGCGCAGUAUGUUGGGAAGACUACAACCACACUCCAAAGAAGAUUCAAAGACCACAAGAGUGCCAUCACACAUGGCCAUCAUCGGCCAAUCUCUGAUCAUUUUAACAACAAUGGCCAUUCUCUUAAAGAUCUGAUUCUAUUUCCAAUUGAGCAGGUCACUGGUUUUAAAGCACUAAAAGAGAGGGAAUUCUACUGGAUCAGAGAGCUGGAAACAAUGGCCCAUGGACUAAAUCUGGUGCCAUGUAAAUAUGUAGGAGAGCAGCCACUGGAUGAUGGUUCGGCAAGAUCAGAGGGACCAGCUGAUAGACAAGGGGAAGAAUCCAUGGAGUCUCCUCAGAAAGGUAAACGAAAGCUUGGUGGGAAUGAUGAUCGGAAAUCAAAGAGGAGAAAGCUGAAAAAUAAAGGACAGUCUGUGUUUUCAUAUGAGAUGGAAGAAAUCAUCUCAACCUGCAAAGAUGCAUUAGAAGAUGGAAAACAAACCAUAUCUGAGGUUUAUGCCAAACUCAAAGAUGUUUCCUGCAGAGAGGAACAGAGCAUGCGAUUUCUGGAAGACCUAAAAAAGAAGAUCUCUUAUUUAAAAGAAAAUGUCCAAAAAGAGAAAAUUUACAUUGGACUGUUUGGGAAGACGGGAGCAGGGAAGAGCUCACUGAUCAACGCACUUGUCAAUGAAAACCAGCUUCUGCCUUCAGGAAGCAUGCAAGCCUGCACGUCAGUCUUUGUGCAUGUGCAAGCCAAUACAGAUUCCAGCAAAUACAAAGCUGAUAUUGAAUUCAUCAGCCCAGAGGAGUGGAAAUCAGAACUACAAUUCCUGGUGGAAUUACUCGAAAAAGAAAAUGACCAACAAAAGACUGCAGAAGAUGAUGAAAUGGUAGAAAUGGCAAGAGAAAAGAUCAAAGCCAUUUAUGGAGAAGAGGGACUGAAGAAAAGUUACAGUGAAUUGGUGGAAGCCAGAGAGUUCCCGAAGACCUCCCGCACAAGCACGAAGACUUCGGACACUGCCCAAGAACUGUCUCGAAGCAUUGGAUGCUACAUUCGGAGUGAUAAAAAAGCAGAGCAGCAGUUCUGGCCUCUUGUGAAGCGAGUCACCAUCUCCUUGCCACAGUCUCCAGCUCUACUGGAGGGGAUUGUGCUGGUGGACCUGCCUGGGGCCGGAGAUGUCAGUAAACACAGAAGUGAGAUGUGGAAAGAGUGUCUCAGCCAGUGCUCCUCUGUCUGGAUUGUGAAUGACAUGAACCGUGCCCUGUCUGAGAAAGUUGUUGACGAGAUCUUUGAUGAAUCACUGAGAAACGUUGCUGGAGGAGGAGAGUGUCACAACAUCACCUUCAUCUGCACCAAAACAGAUAUCAUCAACCCCGAGGAGAUCAAAGAGAACUAUCACAUCACAGAUGAGGAUCUUGAAAUAGAAGGUGAUACUCAGGAUCCUCAUUAUGAAAGAAGAGAAAAACAAGCAUGUAUACUGUUCCAUAAUGAGAGAUUUAAAGUGGAAAUCAGUGCACUCUCGAAAGAGAAAACCAAGAAAUUUCUGCUUGGCGAUGAAGGGGAUUCAGACGGCUUCUUUGAUGUGUUCACUGUGAGUUCAACAGAAUUCAGGAGAAUUGCACAAAAGAAGUCAGCUGUUCUGGAUCGCAAUGAAACAGAAUUGCCAUUGCUGAUGGAGCAUAUCAAGAAACUGUAUGUCUCCCAUUCCGUGAAGGAAGUGAAAGAUUAUGUAUCUGACCUUUCUGGAAUCAUUUCAUUUCUUCACUUUUCAAAGGAUGCCCUCAGUGCAAAGGCUCAGACUUCAAAUUCCCAGGAGUUCAGCCGACUUGAAAAGGAGCUGGAUAAGAAUUGCACUACACUGAAUUCAGUUCUGAGCAGAGUUCACUCAGACCUCCAGAAACGUCUGCUGAUGGGAGCAAAGGAAGCAGAGAAACACUGCCUGAGGAACGCCACAAAGAGAGUGCUGGAAGCAAAAUGUGAUAACAGAGGCUACCACAAGAUGCUCAAAGCCUUGUGUAAAAAUGAUGGCUAUUACCGAUCUGGCAACGGAGUGGUAGUUGAUCUGAACUACACUCUGUCAGAACCCAUGUACAAACAGAUGAAUGAUGUCUUUCUGAAAACGUUUGGGCCUGGAGGUACGAGAGCAUCAAUCAAUGGGCAAUUUGAAAGUUUUCAAGAGAACUUCAUCACAAAUGAUAAACUCCUGGAAUAUAAAAAAACAAAGAAUGAAGAGAAAUACCUGCGUCUGGUGUACAUUAGAACAGAGCAAAGAAAAUUGCACAAGAAUUUGGAAAAGGAAAUCCUAAGGAGAAAGAAGCUGAUCUACAAUUCCCUCAGUAAUUCAAUCCGUGACACCAUGACGCUAACAUAUCAAGAAUGCGCUCGCAUCCAUGGACAGUCUUCUUUCUGUAAGAUUCAAGAGAAUGUGAAAUAUGCAAUUGAGAAAUCCAAAAAUGGCAUGUUCCGUGAGGCCAUGAAAAAGAUGCUGGAGGAGUUCAGUAGUCUGCAGAAAUACCUUGUGACAGAAAUUAAGACACAGAUGGCAACCUCCUUGAGGCUGGCUCUAAACCAGAUCCCAGAUGACCUCACUGGCCUCCCAGAUGUUUCAGAAGAAAUGGAGACAAUGAAGCGAAGCUGUGACUCUUUAGGCCUCCAGGUUUUUUAACUAAACGUGGAUGACAGAUUCAGCUAGACCAGAAUUAUCAAACAAAAUGGAGAUCACCAUGGCAACCUGUCUCGUCCAUAUAAGGUUGCACAAUUUCAUGAAUAUUCAGGGUGGAAACUUUCUUUGGGAAUUAAUGGGAAUAUAUGGGAAUUAACAAAAAUGAAUGAACAAUAGUUUGCAACCCUAUACCCAAACAAUGAGGGUGCUGUGAAACAUGCAUUUUAACAGACACUGAUGACUAUUUUGCUUGUCAACAUGUGUGUACAGAUAUUCCCUGAAGAAUCAGCAUUAAUCCACCACACCACUGGGAUUGACUAAUUGUUCAUUCAGCUUUCAAAACUAAGCAAGAAUUUUAUAAAUCAACAGGGUUUUCUUUAAUAAAUUUUAAUGACAGUUCAAUACUGAAUACUGAAUUUUGACAUUUGGUCAGUUGAGAGAGAUUUGACAGUUUAACUGGCCCUCUUUAAAUAUUUUACUCCUAAGUCAAGUACAGUAUGUAUAGCUACAUAUAUAACCAUAGCUAUUCAUUUUAGUGCCAAGUGCUUAUCUUGCUAGCUAGUUACCUACGUUAUGUUACCUACUUGAUUCUGCUCGCAAUUCUAAAGACAAUAAAUGACAGGUGCACCAGGGGGAAAUGCAAGUGCUCUUUUAAUUCAUUCACUGCUUCGCUGUGCUACAAGGUCACAUAUUUCCAUCUCUCAGUUUGGGGGAAAAGUGGUCUGACAUGAACACACAGAACCAAUGCUGUUUGUGUGGAAUAACUACAGUCAAGUGAACUCAUCAGUUCAGUUCAGUAGAGUAAAGCAAAAAUGUUCCUUAAACUGUUUCAUAUUAAUUCAUAUACAUUUUUUCAUAAUUUUAAACAGAAAACUGAUUUUCUGCACUUCUUAUUUUCAGUGGCGGCUUAAUGAAAGUAGUUUAAAAAAUAACUAUUUGUUUUGUUUGGUGUAUGACAAUGUAGGCUAAUCAUAAUAUUUCAGUGUGUGAUGACUUCUUUGUGUGGGAUUUGUAGUGGGAAACUGGGGCUCUUCGGGGUAUAACCAUAUAACCGUGUGUUUACUUUUUCCAUUCAGUAAUUUUUUGCAUUAUGUAAUCAUAUCAAUAAUCAUCCAUAAAGUAGAAUGUACCCAGUAUAAGAAGGGAAUUAUUCUGUACUGUGUGUGAUUUGUUGUUUACUUUUUCCAUUCAGUAAUUUUUUGCAUUAUGUAAUCAUAUCAAUAAUCAUCCAUAAAGUAGAAUGUACCCAGUAUAAGAAGGGAAUUAUUCUGUACUGUGUGUGAUUUGUUGUUUUCCAGUUGAAUCACUUCAAUCUUUAAAAUAGCUAAAUUGUUACUUGAACUUCAGUCUGAUUCACUUCUCAUUUAGAGAAGCCAGGGCACACUGAGUGUACAAAGAAAGUUUGUUCUGGGACUGACAGUAGGUGGGGAGGGAGACGCCUGAUGUCACAAACAUAUCCAAUUCUCUCUGCAGCAUCCCAGACCCAGUUAGGUCAGGAGCCCAUGUUGCCUGGCCACAAGCUUGGGUUGCUUGGCAACAGGGAAACUUUCCCUCUUCCGACUACUCUAAUCAAUCCCUUGGGCAAAGUUGUGUAACUUAUCUAUCUCAUGCACUGGUGUAAAGACCUCAACCACAAUAAGAAGUCUUGAGAAUUUUCACUGAAUGUUUAUAGAACUGACGUUCCUUCUCCCAACACUGUUAUUUCUUUGUUUUCUUCGUUAAUAAAGUGUGCCUUUUCUCA